AUGGUGGCCCUCUUCCGCACAAUGGUGGGCGUAAGCAUCGUAAGCGGCCUGCUAGUAGUCCUGCUGUGGUCGGAGCAGCAGGUGGGCGUAAAAACCCCAGCCCACACCCACUUCCACGCCCACGCGAGAGGCAUUCCGGAUACUUCGCUGGCGGAGGGCGAGGGCGGCCCUGAGGAGGAGGAGGAAUUCGAGACCGUGACGGAGCGCCUGGAGCCCCGCCCCCCGGCCUUUCCCAGCAACGAGCACACGCCCAUCAACAGCACCGUGACCUUCACCACGAAGAGGAGGGCAUCCAUCUCCUUCAGGAGCGCCACAGGUUCUCCUCCCGUGCUCGAGGGAAGCUCUGGAACCUCCUCUUCCUCCUCCUCGCCGUCCUCCUCCUCCAGCUCCGCGCCAUCCUCGAACCACAGCAGCGACGCCUCCGAGGCCAAGCUGGUGUUCACGAUUGAGCAGGAGCCGUCGAGCGGAAGUGGCGCCGGCAGCGACGGGGCCCCCGGCGCCUCCGCGGGGCCCUUUUCCCCGAAGAUCUACGUCAUCACGCCCACGUACCGGCGGCCGGAGCAGGUGGCCGAGCUCACGCGGUUGUCUCAGACGCUGAUGCUGGUCCCGAACCUGCACUGGCUCGUCGCCGAAGACGCUGUGGCGCCCACGAGACAAGUCCUCGCCUUCCUGGACUCCUGCAGCGUGCCGCACACCUAUCUCUUGGGUAGGUUGCCCCGGGCGUCGAGGCGGUACAAGGGCGCGAGCAAACCCAGGGGCGUGAGCAACCGCAACGCAGGACUCAAGUGGCUGAAGGCGCACGCUUCUGAGGGGGUCAUUUACUUCGCCGAUGACGACAACACCUACGACUACAGGAUCUUCCAGGAGAUCCGGGUGACGCGGCAGGUGUCCAUGUUCCCGGUGGGCCUCGUGACCCGCCUGGGAGUCUCCUCGCCUAUCGUCGCCGAGGGCAAGGUCAUCGGCUUCUACGACGGCUGGAUCGCCGGCCGCAGGUUCCCUGUGGACAUGGCGGGCUUCGCCGUCAACCUCAAGUUCUAUCUCGAGAGAAACGCGCCUUUGAUGCCUUACAGCGUGGGUUUUGAAGAGGACGGCUUCCUGAAGGCACUCAACUUCAGCCCCGGCGACAUCGAGCCGCUGGCCGACAACUGCACCAAGAUCAUGGUGUGGCAUACGCGGACCGUCAAGAGCCUGCCAGCCGUCAAGAUGCCAGACUCAGACAAGGUCCUGAAGACGAACCUUCGGCGCCUCAGGAGUCAGAUGGUUUUCCAGAUGCCUUUCGGGGUUUCCUAG